AUGGAUCGAUUCCCCAAAUUCGACAUGAUAGUGGAAGCCCCGGUUCUACUCAAGAUGUGGUACAACGACCUCACUGUGGUCCACAAAAGGGUCCUCAACAAAUAUAUAGGAGCCCUAACAGAACUUAUCAAUAUGGUUGGGUGGCCUGAACUGAUUGAAGUCCUCACAGGCUAUUGGGACAACGAGAAAAUGGUGUUCCGAUUUGGAACCACGGAAAUAACCCCGACAAUUGAGGAAAUUCGGGAUGGAAUAGACACAGUCGGUACAGGGCUUGAAAGAAGGGUGAGAAAGCGGGAAAACAUCCUAAUUCCUAACAAGCCUACCCUCGAGGAUAUUGUAAACUGGCUCGUAUUAAGAAAUGAUUGUGCUUACUGGGCCGAAGGUUCUAGCGUCUCUUUCAUGGAUCUCUAUGUUAGAUUCGGGGAUGCGAGCUUUUAUGUGAAUUACAACCAAGAAUUUAGGGUCACUUUCAGAGAAUGGGACGGGAUCAGACCUUUGACAUUUACCAUUGCACUAUUAGGCACCAUGGUUUUUCCACAUGGCCCGAGCCUCAGUAUCAAUACCCGGGUAAUAAUGCUUGCACACACUCUCUUCCACGGGCAUCUGAACCAAGGGCAAAUAAAGUAUUAUCCUAUUGCACCUGUCAUCCUUUCCGACAUGUACCGGGCUUUGGGGAAAUGCAAGGAGGGGCAUCGUUACUUUCAGGGUUGCAACCUUCUUCUUCAAUGGUGGAUAAUGAGUCACUUGAUGAAGAGACAUGGAACCCAAGAACUCCAUACCCUCGAUGAACAUAAUGCUCUUAAGAGUUUGAAUGACAUGUUGUUCUGGGCAGACUUGGAAAAAAGAAGAACUAGAGAAAGAUGGGCUCAAAUUUUCUCUGAGUUGAGAGAAGAAAACAUCCAAUGGAUGUUCGACCGUUUCAUCUCGAAAGAUGCCAUAGUACGGGGCGACAGACAACUGUUUGGAAAAAGACAGACUACACCUCCAGAAGCAUACUACCGCAUCUAUGUGUUCGACAUCAGGGAUGAUAGAGUGCCCGAGGCUUCAGAGAUGUUGAGAGAAUGGAAAAGAGCAGUGCGAAUGAACAAGGACACUAUUGCCAUAGAUCGAUUUAAUGCGGGGUAUGAUGAAACUUACAAAGCUUGGUUGAAGCGCAAUAUACAGGGUAUCUCUUUCUCAGUUACGAACAUUUACCGCAGUGUAGAGGACAAAGAGUCCAAAGCUUUGAUAGAACUGAGAGAGGUAAGAAGAGAAGCCCAGGAAAUGCACGAGCAAUUUCUCCGAAAGCAAGAAGAGGAUAAGUACGCCCUCGAAAGCGUAACUCAAGAACUAGAAAGCUUGAGAAACGAUUUGGGAGAGCUUAACUUAUGA